UUGUUACGUAAUCACCCAUCGACGGUGGUUGUGAGCGAUCGCGAUCUCGACAGCCGUCCGUCGUGGAAUGAAGAAUGCAUACGUUCCUCGUUGUUUUGUGUCACCUCCCGACUUCCGUUGUCCGCCACGUUGUUUAGGGUGUUCGUGUUGUUGUUGCUUAUGUGCUGCUGUGCCGACAGCACCAAACGAUUCACCAACAAAUGGGCGGUACAGGUGCCGGGCGGCGAGGAGACAGCCCGCAGGGUCGCCCUAGAAGCCGGCUUCUUGUUCGAAGGACACAUCAUCGCCGACUACUAUUCAUUCGUCGCCCCCCAUGUCCGCAAAAGGUCCCCUCGUCAGGCGCAGAGGUACCUAUCCAGUCUGCAGAGGAGUCCAGAGGUUGAGGUGCUCAAACGAGUGAAACGAGACUUUUUACCCCGGCGAUCGAGGCACAGUGCCUACAAAACCGAUCUGCCAGUGUCAGCCGCUCAUCAUCCUUACCAAUGCUCUUCCUCUGGCGACAACAGUUAUUCGUCUAUCAACGACCCAGAGUGGCCUCAGAUGUGGUACUUGAACAGAGGCCCCGGUCUUGAUCACAAUGUGAAAGAGGCGUGGGACCUUGGAUAUACGGGCAAAAAUGUUGUCGUCACAAUUCUUGACGAUGGACUGGAACGAACGCACCCGGAUAUAGCGCCUAAUUACGAUCCGUCGGCAAGUUAUGAUAUCAAUGACAGGGACAGCGAUCCUUUGCCCCGCUACGAAAUAACCAACGAAAACCGGCACGGAACUCGUUGUGCCGGCGAGGUGGCUGCCGUGCGCAACAACACGCUUUGCAUAGUGGGUAUCGCACAUGGUGCAAAAAUUGGAGGUAUCCGAAUGCUUGACGGCGAGGUGACGGACUCCGUCGAAGCAGCCAGCCUCAGUCUCAAUCGACAGCAUAUCGACAUAUAUUCGGCAAGUUGGGGUCCUGAAGACGAUGGUAAAACCGUCGAUGGCCCCGGACGACUUGCCUCUGUGGCAAUCAGGGAUGGAGCUAAUGAGGGUCGUGGCGGUAAAGGGUCCAUCUUCGUAUGGGCAUCUGGCAACGGUGGCCGUGAUUCAGACAGUUGUAACUGUGAUGGGUACACGAACAGCAUUUAUACCCUGAGCAUCAGUUCUGCUAGUGAAAACGGUCGCGUUCCGUGGUACAGCGAAGCGUGUAGCUCAACAUUGGCUACUACGUACAGUUCCGGCGAGAAAGAUGAACGAAUGAUCGUGACCACGGAUCUGCACCACGCUUGCAUUCGAGAGCAUACCGGCACCAGCGCUUCGGCGCCUCUGGCAGCGGGCAUUUGUGCUUUGACUCUGGAGGCGAACCCGAACUUGACCUGGCGCGACAUG